ACCACAGCAGGGCAGAUGAGGCAAGAGCUGCCCCUGCUAAGGAUGAAGCUGGAGGUGGCCCUGGCCACAGCCCUGGUCCUGGCUGUGGCAUCCUGGACACAGGAGUUUUUCCCUAAGGAGGCCCAGAGUCUCAACUGGGGCAAGUUUUCAGGCUUCUGGUACAUUAUUGCCAUCGCCACAGACACCCAGGGGUUCUUGCCGGCUAGAGACAAGAGGAAGCUGGGGGCGUCUGUGGUGAAGGUGCACAAAACAGGCCAGCUCAAGGUGGUCAUCGCCUUCAGCCGGCCUCAGGGAUGCCAGUCCACGGAGGUGACCCUGAAGAAGGAUAGAAAGAAACCUGUGUUCAGGAAUACCUUGAAGGGCAUAAAGGGCUUCCAUGUGCUGUCCACUGACUACACGUACGGCCUGGUGUACCUCCGCUUGGGGCGUGCAGGCAGCAGCUACAAGAGCCUGCUGCUCUUCAACAGGCAGAACAUCUCUAGCUUCCUGAGUCUGCGAGAAUUCCUGGACACCUGUCAUACUCUGCAGCUCACCAAGCAGGCCACCAUCCUUCCGAAAGACGGUACUACAUGGCCUCAGGCUUUUAUUCUCCUGCCCCCGUUGUACCCCAUUAGACAGCUGGACUAUGUUGGAGAUGUACAUGUGUGUGUGUGUGUGUGUGUACACGUGUGUACAUGUGUGCAUGCAUGUGUGUGUGUGGCCAUGCAGUUUGCAAAGUCAGCUGUGAAGAUGCCCAAAUGUCCUCAUCCCUCCGUACCUGUGGGCUUCCUGUCAGCACUGGGUGUGCAGCGUCCCAUGCAGACAGAGAUGACUCCUAGAGCGCACAGACUCCAGCCGACACUCAGAACGGAGGCUGCACAGCUCUGCCCUCUAUAGAGUCCAGGGCAAGCAGGGCAAGGGUCCGCAUAUGGAUUCACGACAGAGGUGGAAGCCAGGUCUCUCAGCACCUUUCUUCCUGCCCACAGAUUCCUGUGCACACACGAUCCUGCCGUGACAGCCAGCCACCCUCUGCCCAUCCCUUUGAGAGUCUCCCAGACCCUGGGGAUACUGUUCCAGGUGGUGGCUGUGACACUCCGUGGCUUGUUCAGAGGGGCUUGGUGACUGCAGGUCAGUGACUGGCUGACUGCACAAACCCGGGCUGUGAUUGCUCCCUUUGCAUUCUCCUAUCCCAGCAACCCCCACCGCUGUGCUCAUGGCCUCCACCUGCCCUCGCAGUGUCCUGGGCUCCAUCGGGGGCCGGGUCUGGCGUUCAUCAUCACUCCACCCUGGGGAGGCUGAGCACAGACCGCAGACUCAUCACACUCCCAUUUUCUUCCUCCCUUUUAAAUGGGUUUCUUUAUUUUGGGGCUAUAGCAAUGGCUCAGUGGUUAACAGUGCAUAUUGCAGAGAACUCAAGGUUAGUUCCCGGCAUCCAUAUUGAGUGGCUCACAAAUGCCCGUGACUCCAGCUCCAGGGGAUCCAGCAACCUCUUCUGGUCUUUGUGGGUGCUGCACACACAUGCACAACCUGCCCACAUGUAUGUAUAAUUAAAAAUAAAAAGUAUUUUCAAGUA